AUGUUUUCGUUGUUAACAUUGGGAUAUUUUCUAUUUAUAUUACUAAAACUUUCAUUACUAACUGCUGCAAAUAAAUCUCAUAGCUUUUGUGCAACAGAAUCUUGCGUCAUUCAGCAAUAUGAGCAAAGCAUUAUCAACGCCAUAAUGGUUCUUAUCAUCUGCUCCAUUCUCUGGUGUAUAAUUAUGUUUUAUAUUUAUGUAUUUACAAGUCAACAAAAAUCUCGAACGAACGCAACAUCUGCUAGUGUUCAUAACAGCAUCGAUUCAGCAACACAAAAUGAACCACAUGUGAAUAUAAUGUUCGAAUCAGGACAAUGGAUCAGUCGAUAUUUUCAGCGUGGUCAAUGGCAUAGAUCGUAUCUACAUAAGAUCGCUUUUGACAUGAACCAGAAUACUUUCGUCGGGUAUGGUAAUGAUGAUCUUGGACAAUUUCGAACAAUCGGACAGGUAUCACUGACGUCUUCGACUAUAAAUAUGACGCAGACCUACGUUCGCGCUCUUCACGAUAAAAAGAUGGACUUAAAACAUGAACUGACGAUUAGACUGGAAUGGAAUGAAGAACAACGCGCAUUUGUAGGUAAAUGGACGAGUGAGUCCAAUGGAUAUGAAGGAAAAGGUUCAUACGAACUGAGAAAAUUGCAGUAUCAAAUAGCAAAAUAA